GUCGGUGCCAUAGGGGUUCGAGUGUGCUCGGGCUUUAGCCAGGAAGGAAAUGCCCCGAAGCAGUCAGCCUGCUCGUACUGCACAGACUGCUCGGGGGCUCCUAGUCUGAACAUCAGGCUGACCAAAGUGCCCCUUCCUUGACCUCUUGGGGUGGGAGGAGAAGCUGGGGCGGGGGGAAAGGGGUGGCAGGGAGGAAGGUCGAUGUGCAACAGAGGAGAGCGACCGAUCUCCGUCUCUCUGGGCUCAGAAUCUCUGUAACCAGAGAACCUGGAGCUCCACCGCCCCUGGAACCACCAUGAACCAUUUCAACAAAGCUGAACAAGACGACUGGCUAACGUCUACCUGAAGUAUCUCCUCUUUGUGUUUAAUUUCUUCUUCUGGGUGGGUGGAGCAGCUGUCCUGGCUGUGGGCACCUGGACCCUGGUGGAGAAAAGUGGCUACCUGAGUGUCUUGGCCUCCAGCACCUUUGUCACAUCGGCCUACAUCCUCAUCUUUGCAGGAGCUCUGGUGAUGAUGACUGGUUUCUUGGGAUUCUGUGCUGUCCUCAGGGAGCAAAAGAGCUGCCUCUCCACAUAUUUCUGCCUGUUGCUUGUUAUCUUCCUCAUUGAGCUGGUGGCUGGAGUUCUUGCCCACCUUUACUACCAAAAGCUAAGUGAGGAGCUAAAACAGCAUCUGAACCAGACUCUGACUGAGAACUACGGCCAGCCCAAAGCAAAGGGGAUCACAUACUCAGUGGACCAACUGCAGCAGGAUUUCAGGUGCUGUGGCAGCAACAGCUCAGCAGACUGGGAGUACAGCACCUAUAUCCAGUCUCCAGAAGCUGAGGGCCGUAAGGUGCCUGACAGCUGUUGUAAGACAGUUGUGGUCCUCUGUGGUCAGCGGACCCACCCUUCCAACAUCUAUAAAGUAGAGGGUGGUUGUAUCACCAAGUUAGAACAUUUUCUAGCUAAUCAUCUCCUACUCAUGGGAGCUGUUGGAAUUGGAGUUGCUUGCCUGCAGAUAUGUGGGAUGGUUCUCACCUGCUGCUUAUACGGGCGGAUCCAGCUGCAGUCAUACUGAAGGUCGAACACAUCGUCUUCCUUCUGGAUAGAGAGGCUCCCAAGCCCUAGCCUACCAAGCUUCCAAUAUCACUUUUCAGCUUCUUCUCUGCUGAAGCCCUAGGUUCUUCUGCUUGGUGCCAGCAUGACAAUGGCCCUGAUCCCUUUGAAGUGCCUGAAACUAUGCCAUCAUGCAUCCUGCAUCCUCCCUUCUUCCUGUGGGACUCAGGCUUCCAAAAUCCCUGGCAUAAGGGGGAACUUUCUUCACCCCCUGGAGGGGGAUUAACCUUUGAUCUUUGCCUUAGAUAGUAAAUAAACUCCUAGGGGAGCCUGGAUGACAGUAUGAAUCGCUGAUCUCUCCUAACUUUGGAAUAUGGGGCUUUGUAAGAAGCUCCUCUUGCUUUUUGCCAUAUGAAUAAGAUUUGCAAUAUGUGAUUCCCCCUAAGGUUCUUUUAUUUUUUUUCAGUUCAUUUUAUUUUUAAGUAGAAAGCAUUUAUUUUCUCUCUCCCUCCCAGCUGUG